AUGAAAACGAUCAAAGAUGAUAUUAACAUUGCAAAGGAGAGGUUGAAGGAGGCUGUAGAAGAUUUAAGGCAGUUUAAAGAAGAACAAGGGAAAAGAGAGAGAGUUCUUAAUCGAAGAGAAGAAGACGUUGGAAGCGACGAUUGCGAAAUGGGAGGACCAGUUGAUAUAUUUACAAAAACAAAACGCCGAAGGUAG